UUGGUGCUUUGAUCAUCAUAAAAUGAAUAUUGGCACUCUGAUUUUUUCUUAGUGCUGUUAUAUAAAUGAGAAAAAGGCAAUGCCAAAAGUAGAACACACCAAAUUGUGCAUUGAAUUCUCAUUUAUUGUGACCUCAAUUGUUGCAGCUGAAUGGCAUUGGAGGCAUGGAUGAAUCGCAGACCACUAAACCCAACAUCUCUUGCCAGGUCUAUGUAAAGCAGGGCCUCCAUGUCUCUCCCUGUGCUCGACGGUUACAGGACCAUCAUCAGUGAUUGCAAAGGCGCUUUUUUCACAGUUUAAUAAACACAAUUAUAUUCCCAGGCACCCAACUACGUUAUGGAGUGAAAGAAAUCCAUACAAAAUGAAGUGGCUGUACAUUUUAAUCUUGCUUUUCAUUACCAUGUGGGUACUGGCCAAUUCCCAUUUUCAUGAUCAUGAAAAGAAUCCUUGCAGCAGCAACAGUUUGGAGUGUGAUCAUGGAGUAAUGGAAGAAUUUGAUACCAGGAAUGAGGUAAAUAUAAGGAGGAGAGCAAACAGGAGGAUACUCAAUGAUUCUGGCGGCAUUGAUGAAAAAGUAUCCAGUUUAAUUUCUGAGGACUCUAAUAAGAGUGAUUAUGCUGCAUCUGACCCCCCACCUGUUGCAAAGAUACCAACCAAUAAAACAGUGCACUAUAGAAUUUUCAGUCGUCCUCCAGUUGCUAGCCCUCCUUCAGACCAUUUGUAAGACAUUUUGACGUUGUAUUAACUUAUUACAUGCAUAUUCUUGCUACUACUAGAGAUGUAUGGAGAGGUGGGUGCACAAUACAUUGCAUCUGGAGAUUGCAUUUUCCAAUGGUGCACAAAACUUGAAAGGUUUGAUUUCUACCUGCAGAUUUAUCUGCUGCAGCAAUCUGACAUAAAUGAAGACAUUUUCUUUGUAAGGGUCUUGUUAAUAACAAGAUCAUCGUCAUCUCCUAAAAUACAAUCUAGAAUCCAACUUCUUGGGGAUUAACUAGAUUGAUAUAAUACUUGUUUCAACAUAAAAAGAACUUUCAUGGGAUUAACUGGAUUGGUAGAUAAUACUUGUUUCAGCGGAGAAAGAGCUUUAAAUGUACCGAUCAAUGAUGAUUUUCACAAAUCAAAGACAGUUAGCACUAGUUUGCAGUGGAGUUAUGUGCAUCUUCACAGUUGCUAGAACUGCAUGUGGAUGGAAACAUUUGUUUUGAAUUUCA